GUUCACUUUCCACACCCAAUCUAUAUUUUGUGAUGCAUAUCAUCCAUAUCAUAUAUUCUAACACACACCAUAAUAUAAAAAAACACUAAAAAGAAAUCAUCAAAAGCCUAUUUGAGUUUAAGACCAAACCAUAACUUAGAACACAAGCAUGUCUUGGUUAAGAAAUCUCUCAAAAUUUUCUUCCACAAUAAAACCAUCUCAAAGACCCAAUAAAACUGACCCAUUUUUCCUUUUACCAUCCUUAACUUUUCUAUCCAAGUUUAGCUCCAACCCCAUUAAGGAAAAGCCUAGUGUUAAGCCUGAUGAUUAUUCAGGCUUGGAAGCAACAAAGGCUCAUGAAAAACCAAGGGUGGUUGUUUUGGGCUCAGGUUGGGCUGGUUGUAGACUCAUGAAAGGGUUGGACCCUGAAAUCUAUGACAUUGUUUGUGUGUCACCUAGGAACCACAUGGUUUUCACACCUUUGUUGGCUUCCACUUGUGUUGGAACUCUUGAGUUUAGAUCAGUUGCUGAACCUAUUGGAAGGAUUCAACCAGCUAUUUCUAGAGAGCCUGGUUCUUAUUUCUUUCUUGCCAAUUGUACUUCCAUUGAUGCACAUAAACAUAUGGUGCAUUGUGAGACUGUAACUGAUGGAGAACAAACAAUAAAACCAUGGAAAUUUUCAAUCUCAUAUGAUAAGCUAGUUAUUGCAUUAGGAUCACAUCCUGCUACUUUUGGAAUUCAAGGAGUCAAUGAACAUGCCAUUUUUCUUCGGGAAGUUCACCAUGCUCAGGAAAUUCGUAGGAAGUUGCUCCUCAACUUGAUGCUAUCUGAUGUUCCAGGAAUUCCAGAAGAGGAAAAAAAGAGGCUAUUGCACUGUGUUGUUGUAGGGGGUGGUCCUACUGGAGUUGAAUUUAGUGGUGAACUUAGUGAUUUUAUCAUGAAGGAUGUUCAUCAAAGAUAUACUCAUGUCAAGGAUUACAUCCGCGUUACUCUAAUUGAGGCAAAUGAGAUAUUAUCUUCUUUUGAUGACCGACUCAGACUCUAUGCUACCAAUCAGUUGACAAAGUCAGGAGUUCGUCUUGUUCGCGGCAUUGUGAAAGAUGUUAAAGCUCAGAAGAUUAUUCUUAAUGACGGUACUGAGGUUCCCUAUGGUUUGUUGGUAUGGUCUACUGGUGUUGGUCCAUCACCAAUUAUUCAAUCUUUGGAUCUCCCAAAAGCUCCUGGUGGAAGGAUUGGUGUCGAUGAGUGGCUUCGUGUUCCUUCUGUAAAAGAUGUGUUUUCCAUUGGUGAUUGCAGUGGUUUUGUUGAAAGUACUGGAAGACCAACACUUCCAGCAUUGGCCCAAGUGGCAGAAAGACAGGGUAAAUAUUUAGCAAACAUGUUGAACAAAAUUGGGAAAGCAGGUGCAGGCCAUGCAAACACUGCAAAAGAAAUAGAACUUGGGGAUCCAUUUGUUUACAAGCAUCUUGGAAGCAUGGCAACUAUUGGCAGAUACAAGGCUCUUGUUGACCUUAGACAAAGCAAGGAGGCAAAAGGGGUGGCAAUGGCAGGAUUUCUUAGUUUUUUUAUUUGGCGCUCAGCUUAUAUUACGCGCGUCAUCAGCUGGAGGAACAGAUUCUAUGUAUUUAUCAACUGGAUUACAACUCUUGUAUUCGGCCGUGAUAUAAGCAGACUAUGAAUAAAGAAGUGGCAUAAGAAUGAGGAAAUUGAGACUGGGAAUGAACCUUGAUGAACAAGGCAAUGAAACUUGCAUGUUGAAAUCAAUCAAAAUUCAUUUUUCUCUCAUAGUUUCUCAUAAAUCAGAAAUGUGACCAUCUUAAGUCCUAUUGUAUAUAUUUUGCAAACCAAGAUAUCAUUUUCCAUGUUCAUAAAUAAACUAUUCAUGAAAUGUAUGAUCACAAUGAAAUCAAUUAAUUUACUUACAUGUCCAUAA